GGGUGUAGUCACUAGUUUGAAGCCAACAGAAGAGUUGGAUCAGAGAUCAUUCUUUGUCUUCUCCUCCAACUAACCAGAGUUUCACUGAGGACUGGAGCUGAUGAACUACAGAACACAGCUUUUCUACGAACAUCCAGGAAGAAGAGAAGGAAAACGAUAUGGGACGAAGAAGAGGAGGGACUCUGAAGAUUCUGUUCCUGUUGACACUCUGUCUACAAGCCUUCACUGGUCUCUGCCAAGAUUCAGGGCAGCCCUCUGACCUGAGGAUAGUUUUAGUAGGGAAGACUGGAUCAGGGAAGAGUUCAACGGGAAACACCAUCCUGAGGAGGGAGGGGUUUAAAGUAGACUUCUCCCCUGAGUCUGUCACUGUUCACUGUGAGAAACAGAGUGGAGUGGUGGAUGGGAGGAAGAUUGAUGUCAUCGACUCCCCGGGACUCUAUGACACAACAAUGUCUAAAGAAGAGAUGAAAAGUGAAAUAGAGAAGGCCAUCUACAUGUCAGUCCCAGGACCUCACGCCUUCCUGCUGGUGAUCAGACUGGGGAGGUUCACAGAGGAGGAGAGGGACACUGUGAAGUGGAUCCAGGAGAACUUUGGAGAAGAAGCAUCAAUGUACACCAUCAUUCUGUUCACCGGAGGAGACCAGCUGGAGGACAAAUCAAUGGUGGACUUUCUAAGUGAGAGUGAGGAGCUUAUGAAACUCAUCAAGGUCUUUAAGGGCAGAAAUCAUGUCUUCAAUAAUAAAGAGAAGAAUGACAACACUCAGGUCCCACAGCUGCUGAAGAAGAUAGAUGAGAUGGUGAUGAAGAAUGGAGGAAAACACUACACCAAUGAGAUGUACCAGGAGACCCAGAGGAAGAUCGAAGAGGAGGAGGAGAGGAAGACACAGGAGAAGAAGGAGAGAGAGGAGGAGGCGAAGAAGAAACAAGAGGAGGAGAUCAGAAAACGAGAAGAGAAGGCGAGAGAGGAGGAGAGGAAGAGACAGGAGGAGAGGAAGAAACAAGAGGAGGAGAUCAGAAAACGGAUAGAGAAGGUGAGAGAGGAGGAGAGGAAGAGACAGGAGGAGGAGAAGAGAAAGGAGGAUAAGAAGAAACAUGAGGAGGAGAUCAGAAAACAGGUAGCAAAGGCGAGAGAGGAGGAGAGGACGAGACAGCAGAGGACGAGACAGCAGAGGACGAGGAAGUCGUCGUCAAAUGGCUUAUUGGGAAUGUUAGCAACUGUUUUCACAGCGGUGGUAGCAGGACCAUUAGCAAUUCCAGUUGGAGCUGCUGUAUUUGCAAAUGAAUUAGCUGAACAUUUAGACGAUUCUGAUUAAAUGAGGAAGAGGAGGCAGUGUGAAGUAACACUCUCUUCCACAUCUUAAUGUCAAGUAGUAGCAGUAGAAUAUAUUAAUACUGUAUAAUGUCAACCAUCAUUGUUUGAUUGUUCAACACUUUCUAAUAUGAUCAGUUAUUUAACAUGUUUAUUAUUCAGAGGCUCAGGGAUAAUAACAUACUGUAGGAUGACAUUUAUAACUCAACAAAAACAAACAGACAGAAAACAUCUGAAAUUAUGUUUCAUUAACUCAGAGAUAAUAAAUGACAAUAGGUAAAGACAUUCUAGGUAUCGAGAUAUCUACAGUAUUGAUGUAUCUACACUCCCUCACUGGUCUGUCUUCUCCCUCUAUCCUUCCUCCCUGGUGUCACGCCCUGGUUGAAAUAUUUGUGUUUAUUCUUCAUUUAUUCGGUCAUGCCAGGGUGUGACAUGGGUUUAUUGUGGUGUGUUUCGUCUUGGGGUUUUUGUGGGGUGUAUAGUGUAGUCUAUGGCUGCCUGAGGCGGUUCUCAAUCAGAGUCAGGCGAUUAUCGUUGUCUCUGAUU